UUGAGUCGUGCCGUGUUGGUCGGUGUCGGUGCGUGAAAGUACUUGAACGAGUGUGUUUUUAAUGAUUAGAUGAAUUAAACUUUUACAAAAUGAAAACAGGACGUUUAUUUCUCAUAGCAGUUUUAUUUGCGAGUGCCGUUUCAUCUAAUGCUUGGGAUGUGGCCGUGGCGGUCGGAGACAAGAUACAGUUCCUGGAAUUGUCAGGAGACGUGGUGGGAAAUGUUACCGAAGGGAUGAAAGAGGUGAGGUCGUUAACUUACAACUCUGAGCUGCAUAAGAUGUACUUCAGUGACAACGACAGACCGGAUGGCAGCAUAUUCUCUAUGACAGUGCCCAAAGUGGAGGAUCUACGAGUUGGCAACCAUACUGUAGAUUCCUACACUGUGGUGAAGAAGCAAGUACACCAAGUGAAGGGAGUGGUGUAUGAUGACAUGACUGGUAUCCUGUACUGGACCAACGGCCACGGACAUUCCAUCAUGUGGAUCCAAGUGUCGAGUAUAGACCAACCUCAGUCCGGUCAACCUCUGGUCAAGGUAGAAGAUCAGAUACCCAUGGGCAUCGCCAUAGACAACUGUAAAAGGUACCUGUACUGGACCAACUGUGGGACUCGGCCCAGUAUUGAGAGAUCCCUACUGGACGGGUCGCAGAGAGAGGCUAUUGUCUACGUAGACCCCGCUCUACCUUACGCUGUAGUGGUUGACCAGAAAACCGACAGGUUGUAUUGGGUGGAGGAGCUGCCUGGAGUUCAAUACAAGAUCGAGUCUUCGGACCUCAACGGAAAAGACCGCAGAAUAGUUGUUGAAGGUUCUGACCACCAGCCGUUUGCACUUGCUGUAGCCGGAGGUCAUGUGUUCUGGGCUGACCACAUCCACACCUCAGUCUGGCGACAGUCCCUGGACCAUCCUACAGUAGAACCUGUCAAAUUGGUCACUUACAGGAACAGUCCCCUAGCCCUGGUGUCUGCAGAGUCGGGCAAGUGGACCCAUGACGGAUGUAACCCUGUCAUACAACCCGUCAUGAAGGUGAUCCCAGCCACGGUUACCAAGGCAGUCACCCAGCCUCCUGUCCAUGCUAGUCAGAUGACCAACUCCAGCAGAUGUUUCAACAAAGGACUCUACCUACCAGACCAGCAAUACUGCGACUGUCUGCCCGGCUACAGCGGGGAACUCUGUGAGAUCAAUGAGUGUCUGGACUACUGUGUCCACGGAUCUUGCCACUUCAGCAGUCAGGGCAAGAGUUGUUCGUGUGAGGAAGGCUACACCGGAGAGAGAUGUGAGGUCUCUGUCUGCUACAACUACUGUGUCACAGGCACUUGCUCCAUAGAUCUCACAGGUACACCUCAGUGCCACUGUAAGGCAGGAUUCUCUGGCACUAGGUGUGAGAUCAACUUCACGCAGCAGCAGGAGCUGAGAGACAGUCUACAACAGGUGUGUCACACGUACUGCAGUCUGUGGAGUCAGCAGGCCGCUCAGGACGAGAUACAACCCUUCUCCGUCUGCAGCUGUCCAGCGCCUAGUGGGGUAGACAGCGUCUCACAGACAUCCUGGUUGCCGGACUACACCGUGAUGGCGCUCCUCGCCCUGUGUGCCGUGCUGAUGAUGGUCGUAGCAGUGCUGACCAAGAAGGUGAUGGUGCUGAGGCGACGACCUCGCAUCAAGAAGCGCAUCAUCGUCAACAAGACCCCCAACCAGCCGCUGACCAGUCGACCGACCUCACCAGACAACGGACAGUGCGAGAUCACCAUCGAGAACUGUUGCAACAUGAAUAUCUGUGAAACUCCCUGUUUCGAGCCAGACUUCCGACAGCCGGAAGCGUCGCUGAGUCGGUCACGAAAGGAAGGAAAAGAAGAGAAAAGAGGACUGCUAGGACACAUGGAGCUUCCACCCGACGACCUCUACUGACCUUGAGACUCCUUCCAAGGUCAUUUCCAGGAUGGAUCCAGUGUUGUUGUUGGACUUGUUAAAAUACGUUGUUACGCGUUGUAAAUUAUUUAGUGGAAUGUCGCUAUUGCAUGGGCUUCGCUUUUUCGUUUUAUGACGUGACCGAUAUUACUUCGGGUUGUAGGAAAUUAUUGGUGUGAUAUUUUAAUUCGGGUAUGUUUGAGAAUGUAUGAAAACCGCCGUUGCCUUAUAGGAGAAAGGUUAUUUUAUGAACACUUAUAGUAGUGAAAUAUCAAGUUUCAUUCGCCUUAAACUUAACCGUAUGGCUCGUCACUCUUGAGUUAUGUGAAAAACUUGUUCAUGAGUUAUAUUGUGAACUUGUUGAAGAGUAAAUGUGCGAUUUUCUCUUCAUUUAGUGUGACUGACUUCACAAAUCAAAUUAAACGUGGAAAUGUGCUUUUGAAAAAAGAGUAUGGACCCGAACCCUUGUAAAACCAAAAAGCGAAACCUGUGUGCACGAGAGCAGUUCCUAUGGAUCUUUAGAAAGGCUGUGGAGUUUUAGUGAGCUAAGACUGUAUUUUUAUAGUAUUAAGUCGGGCCUGGAUUAAUUCCAAUCGAGCGUUGCUAAAUGUGUUCAUUUUAUCUCUAUAUUGCCAAAUCUUUUUAUACUCCUACUUUGUGUAUUUGUUUUAAAUAUCAGACGAAUAUGUAAUAAAAGUACUUAAAAAUCUGUUACGUUACAAAAGUGUAUUUUAGGCCUAUACAAUUUCAAAUCGAAUUAUUUAACUUUUUAUUGUUUAUGAGUCUGUAAUAGUAAAUAUGAUUAUGUAAAUAUGAUUAAAACUACGAUUUAAGAAAAUCUUCUACAAAAGGAGUAUUUUUUGUACUGCCAAGUUUUAAUGAUGGAACUUUAUAUCGCUCCUUUAUAUUUCAAACUGAAAUAUAUGUUCACCGUAAAUCUCUUUUCAUUUUCUUUAUCAAGAAAAUAAACAUCUACUUAAGUUAUAGAAACCUUAAGAUUAAGUUAGAGCACAAUAUGCUUUUAAGUGAUAAACUUUAUCACCAGUAAAUAAUGCUAUUGAAACCAAUACUUCUUUCUGGUGCUUUGUAAUUUGUUCAUUUAAGUUAAUUAAAGACAAUAGUGUAGUGAUUUUAAUUUUAAAUGUACAUUAGUCUUCUGAAACCUUAAAUUAGCUAAGUGUUAAAUAUUUCAAAGACCAAAGACCUGACUUGGCCUACUUUUGCUUCUUUUAACGGAAUACUCCGGUAUUUAUUGUUUCGCCCAAUCAACAGCAUAGAGAAGUUGUUUGCAGAGGAUAAUUUCAAUCAGGAACUUUGUAUAAUUGAUUACAGAGCAACUACAAGCCAAAAUCAUAAAACCUACGCAAACCGCUUUAAGAGAGCUUUCUAAAAGCUCUUUCUCUGUGUAAAUAGUAAAUAGCUACAAACUUUCAGAUUUAGACUUUCAAACAACAUGACUCUAGAGUAAAUAGAUUGUAAGACUGAAAAUUACUAACCAAUUAACAUGAAUAGUAGUUCCAUUUCCAAAAGAUAUCUUCCAAUGGGGAACUGUUUGCUUAUUUUUGUUAAAGUUUAUUUUUGCUACGUUCUAACUAAGAUUAUCAACCCUGAGUUGAAACAUUCAAGCAAUCAUUUAAAUGCCUGGAUCAAACAUUGGUUUAUGCAGACAAGAAUGAUAAAGCUCUAUAUUUUUAAUGAUUCUUUUUUAACACCAUGAACCAUACUUUCACAAUUGAAAUAUCCUGGUACAAACAAACCAUUAAUGGUAUGAACUAAAAUUUUGUUUGUGAGUAAGUUAUUACCUUAAGUUUUGUUGGGUUUUUUACAAAAUGGAAUGGUUUUUAACAAACAUGUAAACUCCUUAAUUUUGUAUUGUCAAUAAAACAGUUAUUUAAAAUUGUUUUAAAUCAAUUAUUUUUAGUUCAAGUGUUGUUUAAUUAUAAGUGUAUAACAGAAUAAACUGUUACAAAUUAGCCUAUUUUCCACAGAUAUUUUGUACUAGGACUAUGUCAAAAUAUAAAUUGUGCUGCUUUCUAAAUGAACCAGUCUGCAAAUAUUGAAGUCUAAAUGAUGACUUAAUUCGUGUACUGUACUUAAUUAAUUCAUUAUACUUAAUUUAGUGAACUUAAUGAUAAAAUUACAGAAAAGUAACUUAUCAAAUUUUCCAAGUACUGUAGGUAUAUUUUGGUCUUUUGCUAAAGCCUUGUAAAAAUGAGUACUUUAAUUAUUUUGGCAGCUACUUUAAAUUUUGUAUUAUUUUAGUUACCAAAAUGAGAAAUCAUUUUAAAAUAUUUUUAUUGUUAGUGAAACGUUUUUGAAUAAACAAUUUGUAGUAACUUUUCAA